CUAAACUGCACCGAGCGCGUGAUAAUGAGACUUAGUUGAAAAGGCGCAGUCGCUCAUUAAGAAUAUGGAAAUUUUAUCCACCUGUCUAUAGUGUAGUUAACUAGGACUCGACAUAAAAGUGAGUGGAGCCAUUGAAACCUUGCUAAGCCUACGAUAAAGGGACACACGCAGUCAAGCUCUUGUUCUAUAAAGACAGGUAGUUAGCUCUGUUACUGAGUAAAGAAAGAAAGCUGUAAAUAUGGGUCGAAUGAGGACCAAACUUGGAAGAGACGUCGAGACUUACAGCACUGAGAAAGAUGUAAACGACCUACGACGUCAGUUUCUUGAAGACUUAGAGAGAAUAGACUGGACGGAUCUCUAUGAUCCACGGGACGUCCAACGUUUAAAAGACGACGAUUUUUACUGUAAAAGAUUCAUAAGACACCAACAUGGCGACAUGGACGCAGCUGUAGAAAUGGUCAAAAAUACAUUCAAGUGGAGAAAGGAAAAAAUAUACCUCAGCGAGACCAAUAUAAACCCUGAUAUUGUGAAAGUAGGAGCUGUUUUCUCAUACAAUACAGACAAAGAAGGAAACACAUUAUUGGUUUUGAGAGUAAACUGCCACAGAAAAGACCCAGUUACCAUGCCUGAAAGGAAAAAGAUUGUAGCUUAUUGGGUAGAAAAAGUUGACAAGGAAGGCAAAGGCGAAGCUGUAUCUGUUCUUAUGGACUGCUCAAACACCUCACUAGCUAACAUGGAUGUAGACUUCACUGUGUACUUAAUCUCACUUUUUACAACAUACUAUCCUGCAUUGAUUGGCAACAUUUAUGUGUUGGAAAUGCCAUGGAUAAUGAACACCUGUUGGAAGAUCAUAAAAACUCUGCUUCCCAGCAGUGCUAGAGAAAGGAUUAAAUUUCUUACGAAGUCGUCUUUUUCUGAGUUCCUGGAUCCAAAAGAUCUUCCUCCGCACCUGGGUGGCACGUGUCCAAGGGAGUAUGCCCCUGCACAACUCCCAACGUAUGAAAAUGAUGAGAUACCCUCUAGUGGCGAACGAAAGAACUCGGUUGUUUCUACAGGUGAAGGACGCGACCAAAAAGCUUGAUGUCUCUGAACAUUUGC